ACCCACUGGCUACUCUUUACGAUUGUCUUCUAUUUAACCAUUUCCAGAGUCCAGAGACUGAGCUCAAUUAUUACGUCUAAAUUAAAGCCACGACAAAGAAAGGAAAAAGGGUUCUUACUCUGGCGAUGGAGGAUCUGAAGCCAAGCCUUGCAAACACAUCUCCACUAACUCCACUUGGUUUCUUGGAGAGAGCAGCCACCGUAUACGGUGAUUGUCCCUCCGUCAUCUACAACACCACCACUUACACGUGGUCUCAGACUCACCGUCGAUGUCUCCAGGUUGCCUCGUCACUUGCGUCUCUCGGAGUUCGGAGGGGCCACGUGGUUUCUGUCAUCGCACACAACAUCCCAGCCAUGUACGAGCUUCAGUUCGCCGUGCCUAUGUCCGGUGCUAUUCUCAACAACAUCAACACGCGACUCGACGCGCAUACUGUCUCCGUAAUCCUCCUCCACGCCGAGUCUAAGCUUGUAAUCGUCGAUUGCCUCUCACGCGCUUUGGUUCUUGAAGCGGUCUCGUUGCUUCCUCCUCACAUAAGACCGCCUCCACUCGUGCUUAUCACGGAUGACGAUGAGCCGUCAUCACCAGCCGUUGAGUUUUCUUGCACGUAUCAGAGUUUGGUGAUGAACGGUGAUCCCGAGUUCAAGUGGGUCCGGCCUAAGAGUGAUUGGGACCCUAUUGUGUUAAACUACACUUCCGGAACGACGUCGUCUCCUAAAGGUGUGGUCCACUGUCAUCGUGGGAUAUUCAUCAUAACCGUUGAUUCCUUGAUUGAUUGGGGAGUACCGAAGCAGCCUAUUUACUUGUGGACCCUACCGAUUUUCCACGCCAAUGGAUGGAGCUACCCUUGGGGAAUGGCCGCCGUCGGUGGCGUCAAUAUCUGCCUCCGUAAAUUCGAUGCUUCCACGAUCUACAGCGAGAUCAAGAGACAUGGUGUCACUCACAUGUGUGGAGCGCCUGUGGUGCUCAACAUGCUAUCAAGUUCUUCGGACACCGAACCCCUCAAGAACCCGGUCGAAAUCCUAACGGCCGGGGCUCCGCCACCGGCUGCCGUUCUAUUCAGGACCGAGUCGCUGGGUUUCUUAGUGAGUCAUGGUUACGGAUUGACCGAAACAGCCGGACUUGUUGUUUCGUGCGCUUGGAAACCUCAGUGGAAUUUGUUGCCGGCGACGGAGAAAGCGAGGCUCAAAGCAAGGCAAGGAGUGGGAAUUGUUGGGUUUACAGAAGUGAACGUGGUGGAUGAGGAGUCAGGAGUGAGUGUGAAGCGAGACGGGUCAACGCUCGGUGAAGUUGUUUUACGAGGUGGGUGUGUAAUGUUGGGUUAUCUCAAGGACCCAGAAGGCACAUCAAAGUGCAUGAAAGAGAAUGGGUGGUUCUACACCGGAGAUGUGGGUGUAAUGCAUCCCGACGGGUAUCUUGAGAUCAAAGAUCGAUCGAAGGACGUGAUAAUCAGCGGCGGAGAGAACCUGAGCAGUGUGGAGGUUGAGUCUGUGCUGUACACGAACCCAGCCGUGAACGAGGCCGCCGUUGUGGCACGUCCGGACGAAUACUGGGGGGAGACGCCGUGUGCGUUUGUGAGUUUAAAGACUGGGUUGACUCAGAAGCCGACGGAAAAGGAGAUCAUAGACUACUGCAGAUCAAGGCUGCCACACUACAUGGUACCAAAAACAGUGGUGUUUAAGGAGGAGCUUCCCAAGACUUCCACAGGUAAGAUUCAGAAAUUUAUUCUGAGAGAAAUAGCAAAGGCCAUGGGUGGUUCAAGGUUGAGUAAAAUGUAAAAGGAGUCAUAAGAGGCAAUAAUAAGGUUAGUCUUGUCUCUUAUUUUAUUAACAAUUGCUACUGUAAGUGAUUUGAGACUGAUCCCAAUGGGUUCAACAAUUGAUCUAAUAAAGCUUCUUCACAUAGAAUCUUGUCAA